CGGCGAUGCCCAUCGGACUGAACGACGAGACGACGUGAGCGGGCGACGCACAUGGAGGGAGGGAGGAAGGGAGAGAGGGAUGCGAAAAAAGAGCGUCCAUGGAUGUGGGUGAUGUGUUGUGUUGUGUGUGUAUCCACCAGGUACAGCAUAAGCCCCGAGACUAUCGCCAUGCACCAGGCCGCCACCUGCAGCCGACUCUACCCCAAGGGCGCCGUGCUGACCAGUUGGGGGGGCAGGUACACAUGACACACACACGGAUGGCACACAUACGCGUACGGAUGAAUGCCCUGUCUGCCUGCUGUGUGGGUGCGCAGGGGUGGACGCCAUAGCCAUGCGGCACAAGGGCAUGCCGAACACUUUGACAUCCUCGAAUAUAACUCUAAAUGGCUAUACGGUAAUGUACACUCAUUAGGUGUUGGCCUUCGUCCACAUUCGCUCACUGUCUCUGUCUCUCUCGCUAAGUCGCAUGUGUGUGCAAGGGUCGAGCCCAAGAGAGCCUUGUCGGAGGACUACAAGUCCGUGGUGGACCUGCCCGUGACGACCAAAGGAGAAGGGGAGGCAAGAUCUCAAGUGGGUACAAACGAACACAACUGCGGAGCGAAACGGCGCAUUUUGUGUUUGUGCAUCAGGGAAGAUGCGAAGAAGGCCGAUGCUGGCGAUGAGAAGGAGAGAGAUACAGCGAUGUUUGUCCAGCAUCAACACCAGCAACACCCGUCUAUGCCCCCCUCCCACCCCUCCAUGCCAUUGCACCACCAUCAUGCCCACAAGGCGAUGACGACGGAGCAGCAGCCCACCAACCAGCGCACAUGGCGCAGUCAGCAGCCGCAGGGACAGCGGCCAUCAGCAUGCCGGCCGAUAUCGCCGGUCUGUACCGCGCCGAGGCCGCCACACAGAAGGGAUGGCUGCACAGCAUCAACGGCGCUCUCCAGAGCCUCUACGCCACCCUCAAGUGCCCCCUGCCCUGCUGCCAGACGCACGGGAGCGCACCCAGUGCGCCACAGUUCCCCGCAGCGCGGCAGGGCGCGUCAGCACCGAGGCCGCCCAUCUACCGGCCUGGUCCGCCAUCCCGCCCACCCGCCGCAGCGACACUUGCUGCUUCGCCGCCGUGCCGAGCCAGCGUGCCGCCUGCAGCCACAUGCUCAUCCCCCGGCACCACUGCCACCGGCCCUGGCUCCCCAGUAUCCGACACGGCCCAGCCGCUGCCACCACUGCCCACCAUGGGCAGCUGCACUGCACCCUCCGCCACAGCUGCAUCCGGCCCCAUCAUGCGCCCCAUCGACGACGUGCAGUUCACGGGGCGGUACUUCUUCAGCAGCCGGGACUUCUCCAUCACAAACGUGCAGUUCACGGGGCGGUACUUCUUCAGCAGCCGGUCGGUGCAGCUGAGGGGGGUGAUUGACGGGAGGGACUGCAUAGUGCGCUUCCUCGUCCCUGACGAGCUGAGGCGACAUCGGGGGGAGAAGCCGCUGAGAGGCCACGAACUGCUGAUGUGGACGCGACUGAUCGAGGACGAGAGCCAGCUGCUCCACCGGCUCGGCAGCCAGCUGAGAGGUCCCGCUUUGCUGGCCAGGGGGUUCGUGAGUCCCGACAAACCCUUCCCCCUCACUGUCCUGCCCCCCAAGGACAAUGCCUCCAGCUGCCGUGACGAGGAGGAGGCCGCAGGAGCGACGUCGACGCUCAGAGAGCUCAAGCUGUCGGGGCCGUUCUUCGCUGUGGAGACCCUCAGUAAGCUCAAGAUACAGACAGAGAUGGCAGGGGAGGGAGGGAGGGAGGGAGGGAGGGAGGAAGACGCUCGAAUGAACAUGUCGUGUAUGUGUUCCUGUCGUUGGUGUGUCGUAUGUGGGAGAAGCGCUCCAAGAAGGUAAUGGAGCUUCCCAAGACGUCGCCCAAGACCAAGCCGGCCAAGACAACCGCCACCAAGACCACCAAGGUACACACAGCGACACUCGCCAGCACAGAUGCCUGCAUGCCUGUCCAGCACUGUGUGUAUGUGGUUCUGUGUUUGUGUGUAUGUGUCUGAUGAUUUCAGAGCAUCGAGGCCAAGGUAAAGCACACACACGCUACAUCGACGUACGUUUAUCCCUCUGUGUGCAGGUGGACACCCAGGACCACGUCGACAACAUGAAGGACCCCGACGCCGCCGAGGAUGAGGUGCGCAAAGAUCGGACAUCCACACAUAGACACACCGACGCACACACCCUUAGAUGCCCGACAUGGCUGUCUGUUUGUCUGUGCAGAACCCAUUCUGGAUUGUCACCGCAGAAGGCAUCAUCAACCUCCCCAUCAAGGCACCCAAGAAGUUCCCAAACGCCCUCGCAAGGUAG